GCUGGCGUCAACUUUCCCGCCAAUUGAGACCCUCGAUAUACCUUGUUCCAUGGUCUGACUGCCAGCCCUGAUCACCGAGAGAACUAUCAGAUUCACAUGAAAGGCCCUCGUCUGCCGGCAUUGAACAUCACGAGUUUUGAUAUCGAUGAUUACCUUGUCAAUUAUGUCGAUGCUAUGACAGGAUUCAUUGUGAAUGGAACUUUACCCGUGAACGCCGAUCACUACCUGCAUCUACCGGAUUGGAGAAUUCGAGUUCACCGACGAGCUCCGAGGUCUCAGGUAUACCUUGGGGUGGCAGAAAAACCGGCUGCAUUCAGUGCUGCCGCGAAAUAUUGCUUGGGUUUAAACGGGAAUUACCAUUAUCUGGCUCUCCGUCGUACUAUGGGAUGAGACGCAGGGAGGCUGGAGUACGGCGAUGGGCUUUGGACAGCUAAUUGCUGCUUGUGUUAUGCUACUUCUGGCACACACUUGACGAUAUCGAGGUCCCAUGGCUGUUAUUUCUGAACAAAUGGAGUGCCAAGGAGCCGUCCACAUGUGCGAUCCAAUCUCUUCAUUUGAGUUGAAACCAAGUGCUGGGGUAGGACG